GUCUCGGACGCUCACCAUCACCAAAGUCAGCACCGAUGCGAGCCAUAGCGCGAACGACAGAACGGAUCUUCAACCCAUUUCAGUGCUCGAUAGUAUGCCUCCAUCCCAGCCGCUUUUACAGACGAACGCCGGUGUUGCCGCCAGAGAUAUGGCUUGAGAUCUUUCAGUUCGCUACCUACGUGCACCAUGAAGCGACCAUAGAGCCUAUGGAUCCCUUCACGCUGAAGAACAUCACGCACAACAUCAUGGGCGAGAACUCGUCUACGUCCUCCUUGCGGAUGCGAUGCACCCUACCUCUCGUCUGCAAGGAAUGGCACCAGCUCUCCCUCCGCCUUCUGUAUCGUCACAUCGUCGUCCGCAGCCCGGCGAGGGCACGUCAGAUCCUGCGCGCCUUGGAAGCCCAUCCAGCGCAGGUCGACAUGCGCCCGAUCAAGCCCAGCUCAACGUCCUACUACGGGCAGUGGACGCGGCACAUCGAGAUAUACACUCACGCGCGCGGAUCGUCAUCCAUGUCCUUCCUGCAGGACCUCGCCCGCAUCUUCCUUUGCUGCCCCAACGUCAGGAUGCUAAGCGCCCACUGGAUGCACUCGCCACCCAAACCGUUCCUCGACUGCAUCGCGCGUGUAUAUGGGAGCACGCUGGAGGGCAUCUACUGGAAGGAGUCGCUGCCGAUGUGGCUUGCGUUUGCCGAGCAGUUGGACCAUUGGCCAUCGUCACCUGCAUUCCUAGGCUCCUUCCAGAACCUCCGUGUCCUCGACCUGCGCCAUUUCCGCGGGCAGGAUCCUGAUCGGUUGCUCCCUGCACAACAGGCGACUAUCAAGCCCACCCUCCCCUGCGUCACCUCCCUCGUCCUAUCCACCGAAGCGCGAAGCCUGGCGGCCGCGCAGAAGAUCACGCUUCCCGCCCUCAGCCGUCUCACACUCUACACCGCCCCCAAUGCGACCCAAAUCGACGAUGCCGUCAUCGAUCGCUUCCUCCAAGCGCACGGUGCCAGCAUCACCGUCGUCGACCUCCCCACACCCUCUCGCGACGCCGAGCCCGAGCCCGCACCUAUCAUCGGGCGGCGCGCGCCCACCGUCUACGUCAAACCGGACCUCUUCCUCAAACCAGACCGCUGCCCAUUGCUCGAUACCCUCGUCUUCGCCGCCGGUGCUCCUGAGCUCGAGGCGUACGGGCACUCCGCCUUACGGCGCGUCGGCAUCCGCGGCGUCCGCGCGGACUCGCUCUACCCAAGCAAGGCGCAUCGCGUGAAGACGCACCUGCAGGGCCUGACGCGCGCGCUGUACCCGCGGCUGGAGGUCGUGCGGACGGUCGGGUUCCUGGUGGAGGCGGACGUGGACUCGCUCAUCAAGGAUAUCUUCAUCUGGUGGACGGAGAAGUUCGAGAAGGACGGGGUGGACUUCCAGGACGGGGAGGGCGUCGUGUGGCUCUACACGGACCCUGUCGUGGAAGAGGGCGCGGAGGCGGGAGCGGCUGACGCGCCGAAGGGCGAUGCGCAGAAGGUCGACGCGCAGAAGGUUGACGCGUCGAAGUAGGCGCUGUUGCUGGAAGCAAUAUUUUUUUCCUUGAACUAGUAAGUAGCUCUCCGUUAUCGGCAGUUGUCACUCUUUGUCUCGUUCAUUCUGUCUAUCGAAUCGUUUCCUUAUCGAAUCGCUUUUCCCUGUCUCGUGGACCGUAUUUCUUCUUCUCCUUUUGCAAGGACCUUGCACUCUGUAUCGCUAAGCUGGUUCCGUAUGGUACACUCCUUAUUAUUCACAUUCAUACAGGCUUUACGCGUCUGAUGUAGACUAUCCCUUCUGGAUACCCACCUUUCCCUGCAGUCGCUUUAUUAGAAAGCCUUGCGGGAUCCUUAUGAUGUCGUUACCUCAACCAAAGAAACUCGAAAUUGAUUUGAUGCAAAGCCUGCUGUGCUCACG